AUGUUCAAACGCUCGUUCCGAAGCCGCAACGUCAGCACCUCCCAGCGGGAGGUUGCCUCGACCGCGAUGGAUUCGCAACACCGGGUGGACAAGUCUGCGAGGCUGACCAGGAAAGGUGCCACGCGGGAUGCCCAGAAAGUAACGAAAUUGCAACGGUCGCUCCGCGGCGAGGAGCCCUCGCGCACGUCUACGGAGCAGCCGAGGCCCAGAACCACCGACAAGUCCCUCGCCCCCUCGCCCAUCGUCACCUUGGUGGUGGGCCGGGAGGCGCGGCUGUUUGCAGCGCACGAGGACGUUUUGUGCCAGGCCCCUUUUUUCGAGAAGGUCCUGCGCAGUACCUACGUCGAUGCGCAGAACAAGAGGAUCUCGCUCCCUGACGAGGAGCCGGAGGUCUUUAGCGCGAUUCUCGAGUAUCUCUACAAAGGCGACUACUACCCGCGGCUGCUGCACAACAAGCAGCGCAACUCGUGGGAACUCGAGGACUCGCUCCCCCGUCGGGUUACCCCCCAAACCACCCCGACGAUUCACGAUUCCCCAAAAUUCGGAGGCGGUCGCGCAGGAGGACAACAACCCACCACCUCCCAGACCCCUUCGGCUGUCGAAGCCACCGUGUAUCUCUCGAGCGUCAACCAGCACCUGCUCCGCGACACCGUCGUCUACUGCGCCGCGGAGCGCUACGGGCUGGAGGAACUCAAGAGGCUGGCGCUGCGGAAGCAAGGACUACAGUCCGGCAUUGAUGUCGGUACCAUCCUCCGCAGUGCCCAAUACUGCUACGCCAACACCCCCGACUCCGACAGCCGCCUGCGCGCCCAUUACCUGGCGCUCAUCAUCCGGUGCCGCAAGACCUUCAAGCGCAGCGGCACCAUGCAGGCCGAGAUGGAGAAGUGCGGCACCGACGCGUGCGGCGAGGGCAGCGGCAAGCUUUUCUUCGACCUGUUCGUCGCCAUGUGCAACCACCUCGACGACGUCAUUGAUGCGACCAACGCUCGUACCCCAAAGACGAUCUAA